UAUUUAACCUUUGGAAUAGUCGGCGACGCGCUUUUUCGCUUUCCCUUUCGCUUUUCCUUCUCCUUCCAACCAACCACCCCACCCAAUAGAAAGCCCCACAAUCCAAACACACCUUAACUCUCCCGAACCUCACUCCCGGCCAAAAUGGAGUCCAAGCGCCGCAGCGUCCGAAGCCUGGUUUCGAAGCUAAGCUCCGUCUCCGAACCUGCCCGAAUCGAUGCCCUCUGCCAGCUCCGGCUCAUGUCCAAGCAAGACCCGGAAACCCGACCCGUCAUUGCGGAAUUGGGUGCAAUCCCAUACCUGGCCGAAACCCUCUAUUCCUCUUCCCACCCUUCUCAAGAGAACGCCGCAGCAACACUCCUCAACCUCUCCAUCACCGAAAAGGAGCCUCUGAUGUCGACACGUGGCGUCCUCGACGCUAUCGCGCAUGUGAUCUCGCACCACAAUUCAACCUCCUCCGCCGCCGCCGUUCAAUCAUCCGCCGCCGUCAUCCACAGCAUCCUCUCCUCCGUCGACCAGUACCGUCCUGUCGUCGGUGCUAAACGUGAGAUCGUUUACGCGCUGAUCGAUAUCUUGCGCUGCCACGCGUCGUCACCUCCGCGCACGAUCAAGGACGCGCUCAAGGCUCUGUUCGCCGUCGCGCUUCACCCUCUCAACCGCGGCACCAUGGUGCACCUCGGCGUCGUUCCGGCGCUAUUUUCGCUGGUGGUGAAGGACGGUAGGAUUGGGAUCGUGGAGGACGCGACGGCGGUGAUCGCGCAGGUCGCCGGCUGCGAGGACAGCGCCGAUGCUUUCGUCAAAGUUUCCGGCGUCGGCGUACUCGCAGAUUUGCUGGACCUCGCCACCGGCUCCAGCAUGCGCACCAAGGAGAACGCCGUGUCGGCGCUGCUCAAUUUGGUGCGCUGUGGCGGCGAGAAGGUCGCCGGCGAUGUUAGGGACGUGGUGGCGUUCGGCGCGUUGGACGGAAUCGCCGACGUUAGAGAUGGUGGUAGCGGCAAGGGGAAGAGUAAGGCCACGGAGUUGUUGAAGCUCUUGCUCGGUGAUAGCAAUGAGAAUGGAAAUGGCAAUGUCAGUUUGGUGUUGAGUAGUGAUAACGGUUCAUCGUUUGGUUCGUUGCGGAAUCAUGAUUCGGAUUGAGUUUGAUUCUUAUGUAAUGAAAUUUUAUUAUUCUUUUUGUUCUUUGCUUGAUUUAGGUUUAGGAUGGCGAGUUCAGUGUACAAAUUAGGGGAUGAUUUUGUUCUAUUUUUGUUGGUGGUGGUGGUGGUGUGAUUAUAUUCUAUUGAUUAUGUUGUGAUAUGAUCAAUAUCAUGAUGUAUUGUACAUUCUAACAAAAAGAAAGGGUUUUUUUUUUACUAGUAACAACUACUUUCAGGUUAUUCUUAUGCUAAUGAGUAGUUUUGUUUUGGAUUUGUUUAUGUUUUUAGUUAACUAAUGUUUGAAACUAAUGAAGGUGGCUUAUGAUAUGACACUUGCUUCAAGAGAUU